AUGGACAUACUCUGUUUGCUCAAGUUUGUGUUUAGUUCACCACAUAUGCCGAUAUCGGAUGGUUUCAAGCCAGGAGAUUACAUUAGCAUCAAUUUACCUCGCGUUGCCCUCUACGAAUUUCAUCCAUUUACGAUUAGCAGUGCUCCGGAAGAGACAGUCCAUCUACGUGUACACAUUCACGCAUGUGGCAAUUGGACAAAACGGGUCUAUCAACGAUUCAAAGAUAUGUCGGAGAACAAUGCUGAAGAAAAUCAUGUUACGGUGCAUCGUGCCGAUCUCAAUCCGGAUCGAGCGGCUGCUGAGGAGAAGGAUGAAGAGGUUUCAGCCAUUGCCGCGAUUGAAAUGGGAAUCGAUCCAGAGGAGGAUGGUAAUGAGAGCACGAUGACAAAACCGAAAAUGAAAACAAAGAAAGAAUUGGUUAUCAUUAAUGGACCCUAUUCGUCAUGUGCACGAUACGUAUUUGACUGUAAACAUGUCGUACUCAUCGGGGGUGGCAUCGGUAUAACGCCAUACGCAUCGAUUCUUUCGAGUCUCAUGGCACAAUUUCGUGCAUCGUACACCGUUUGCCAACAUUGCCAUGGUAUUAAUUAUCAUAAUAAAGGUCUCGCUCAAAAUCGGCGUUUAACCAAAGUUGAUUUCAUCUGGGUAAAUCGUGAUCAAAAGAAUUUCGAAUGGUUUCUCAAUCUACUUCGUCAAUUCGAACAAGAACAAGAAGCUUAUUUGGCAUCGAAUUUGGAGGAACAUCGUUUUCUCGAUAUUCAUCUCUUCUUUACCGAAAUUAAACACGAUGAAAAUAUCGGUCAUGCUCCAUUGGAUUUCGUGACCAAAGUAUGGGCCCAAGUGGCCGGACAAGACAUUUUUACAAGAUUAAAAGCUCGAACAACGAUUGGUCGACCGAAAUGGGACGAACUAUUUACAAGUCUCAUCUCGGGCGCGAAUUCAUCGACGGCGAACGAUGUCAGUGUUUUCUUCUGCGGUCCGACUAGCUUGGCGACAAUCAUUCGUAAACAUUGCGCUCAAUUCCGAUUUCGAUUCUACGAAGAAAAAUUUUGA